AUGUCCCCUCCUGAUCCUGCCCGUGACGCUGGCCCAUCGACAUCAACACACCUGCACUACCUAAGGCAAGCCGUCUCGCUCGCGCGCCUCUCCCCACCCAAACCCACCAAUUUUCGCGUCGGCUGCGUGAUUGUCUCGUUCCCAACCACCGACUCCUCUGGCGCCCACACAGGGACAGGCAACGAAGACGCGCCCCCGACAGGCGAAGUUCUCUCCACAGGCUACACCCUCGAACUCGAAGGCAAUACGCAUGCCGAGCAGAACGCGCUGACGAAGCUGGCGCGGGGAAGUGAGAAUUCAGAACAAACGCAGGAACGGGGACAGGGACAGGGAAAGGAGCAGGAGCAGAACGCGGGCCUAGGCGCUUUGUUGACACCCCGGCGGAACGUCCACCUAUACACGACCCUCGAGCCGUGCGGGCUGCGCCUCAGCGGCGCGACGCCCUGCGUGCAGCGGAUCAUCGCCACGCGCCACGGCAACCCUGAGGGCGGGAUCCGGAAGGUCAUCUUCGGGGCGCGCGAACCGGGGACCUUCGUCCAGGACAGCCAGGCGCUGAGGAAUCUCGACGACGCGGGCGUCCCGUGGGAGCAUGUCGGCGGGUUGGAGGCGGACAUCCUGGCCGUCGCGAAGGAGGGGCAUCAUAAUGCGUCUGCGUCUGAGCGCGCUGGCGCUGGGGGUGGUGGAAGCCGUGGAACGACGGCUGCUGCUAAUACAAUCGCACCAGCAUCCACGCCCGCACCCCAAACGAGGAUAGACGACAUAUCGCCUGAAGAGAGGAAACGGCAGGAACAGCAGCCGCGGAAUCCGAAGAAGAGGAUGAUGGAGGUGGACUUGUCGCGGUGA